AGUUGUAGAAACAUCUCAAGGAUGAUCAAUGGAAACAGGAUGCACCUGAGCUCGAUUUUGAGUCUCGUAGUCAAAGGUCUGAAUACUAAUGUAAAUAAGGUAUUUAUGUGUUAAUUUUUUAUAAAUUUGUUUUCGAUUUGUCAUCAUGGGUGUAGUGUGGAUUGAUGAGAAGAAGAAAAAAUAAUUGUAUCAAUUUUAGAAUAAGGCUGUAACGUAACAAAAUGUAGAAACGGGUCUGAAUAGUUUCCGAAUGCACCGUAUAAUAAUACUUCCUACAUGCAAUUCCCUUAAACAUGUAACAUUUAAUUUUACUCAACUAAUUGCUUUGCAAUGUCGCGCGUCAAGCGCAGCAUUUUGCCACCGGCAGCACCCAUUGGGUAUUCGUUGUGCGGAGGCUGUUUGAACGUUAAAUGACGAGACAGAGGCAUUGAUGCGAGUAACCAGUCUUGUUCAGUACAUGACAACACAUCCGGGUAUCUCAAGCACCCCGGUAAAACACAAGAGUUGCAGUGAUGAACAUUUACCAACAGAUGGCAUCGCUGUGCCUUCUUACACCCAUAACAGAGGCGUACCUAAACGUUCACUUUUUCAACAGUGUGUUGAAGUGGCUGACAGAGAGCAGACUAGAAGCAUGCCCCGUUAAUGAGGCAGCUGGAGUUGUAUAGUAUUUCUCCGACCCAGACAAAAGAUGAUAUUGAAGUUUAUCUGUGCGGUUGUUACCCGGUCGCUAUUUCUCCUCAUCUCUCUGAUAGGAGUAUGGAGGGUGGUCUGGGUUAAGAAUAAUGCUCUUUAUUGGUUCUUGACGAUCCUUUAUCUUCCUCUGGUGGUCGAGAUGAUUUUAACCCUGAAGAGAAAACAAUUACAGGAUUAUAAAUGGUUUUCUCCUGCCAUCUUCCUGUUCCUCAUCAGUAUCAUUCCAUCUCUAUGGAUUCUAGAGUUACAUCAUCAGCAGAACAAAGCUACUGAUUCCAGGUGUGACAAACUGGAUUCAUCUGAAAACAUAAAGAGCCUGUUAAACAUGUGGAGAGGGAAUUCCACCAAUGGCAGCGAGACGUUACUCCAGGGUUCAGUAUCUCUGUUGUCGUCAGUGUGCGCUAACGACUGGAUCCUGGCCCUGCACCAGACCCUGUUGAUCCUGCUGGUCAUAGGGAAGUGGCUGCUCCCUGUUGCAGGAGGGGUGACCAGGGAUGAACUGUCUCAGCUCCUCCUCAUCUUCGUAGGCACUGCCGCUGACAUCCUGGAGUUCACCUCAGAGACACUGUUGGAUGUCAAGGACAGCAGUCCCAGCAUGGUGUACGUCAUCCUCGGAGUCUGGACGUGGAGUAUGUUCCAGUUUCCUCUUCACCUGUCAGUGUCUACCUCCAGACCUGAUGAAUAUUCAGAGGGGGACCAGGGUGUGUCUCUGCUGGCCAGACUAAGGACAGAUAUCUGGAGCAUGGUGGAGAGCCUCUUCGUCCAGGACGGACCCUUCCUGGUGGUCCGCCUCACCCUCAUCCUCUACUUCCACGUCAUACACCAGAUGCUCAUCUUCUUCGCCAUCAAGAACUUCCUGGUGGUCAUUCUGACCUUCUACCGUCUGUUUGCCAUCUACUGCAACUACAAGGCUUCAGGUUGAUCUGGGGUUAAUGUCACGACUUCCUCAGAAGUCGGUCCCUCUCCUUGUUCUGGCGACGUCACCGGUCUUCUAGCCAUCGCCAUCCACCAUCCACCUUCUCGCCGAUCCACCUUUCAUUUUCCAUUUGUUUUUUGUCUUUCCACACACCUGGUUCCAAUUCCAUUCAUUACAUGUUGUUUAUUUAACCCUCUGUUCCCCCCAUGUCCUUGUCCGGGAUUAUGUUUGCUUGUGCACGUUAUGCUGGUGUGGGUUAGGGUGGUAGAGGGCUGCUUGUGCACGUUAUGCUGGUGUGGGUUAGGGUGGUAGAGGGCUGCUUGUGCACGUUAUGCUGGUGUGGGUUAGGGUGGUAGAGGGCUGCUAGUGCACGUUAUGCUGGUGUGGGUUAGGGUGGUAGAGGGCUGCUAGUGCACGUUAUGCUGGUGUGGGUUAGGGUGGUAGAGGGCUGCUUGUGCACGUUAUGCUGGUGUGGGUUAGGGUGGUAGAGGGCUGCUUGUGCACGUUAUGCUGGUGUGGGUUAGGGUGGUAGAGGGCUGCUUGUGCACGUUAUGCUGGUGUGGGUUAGGGUGGUAGAGGGCUGCUUGUGCACGUUAUGCUGGUGUGGGUUAGGGUGGUAGAGGGCUGCUUGUGCACGUUAUG